AUGAUGAUCGCGUGUAGAAGACUUGGUUCCGUGAUGUCGACGCCCACGCUGUUGGAAAUACUGCACGCAUUGCUGGCUGGUGCGGAUCCGGCACUGGAAGAUGAGGACGGUGGCCUUGCAAUUCACUUCGCUGCAGCUCGAUGUGACACCCAGGUUGUUCAAUUGCUUCUUUCCAAGGCACCAUCAACACUGAACCAUGCCACCCACUUCGGCUGGACACCACUUGCAGCAGCAGCGGAUGGGGGCAGAGAGAGCACAAUGUGUCUCCUGCUCUCUGCGGGGGCAAGUGAUUCAUUGGUACGGGCGACCAAGGGAGUGACAGCUUUUCACGGGGCCGUGCGGUCCGGCAAGAUACGCUCGGUGCGGUUCUUGCUCGAAAACGGAUUGGAUGCCGUUGGCGGAUUCCAGCUAUCGGCUGAGCGAUGGGCGUUUCGGUGA